AUGGCGCCCGGCGCCCGGCUGCCCGGCUGGCUGCUGGCGCUCUGCGCCGCGGGCGCCCUCCUGGCCCCAGGCUGCCGGGGCGCCCAGGGCAAGCUCGCCUACAAGCUGCUCCGCGACCUCUUCGCCAACUACUCCAGCGCCCUGCGCCCCGUGGAGGACACGGACCGGGCGCUGAACGUCACCCUGCAGGUCACCCUCUCGCAGAUCAUCGACAUGGACGAGAGGAACCAGGUGCUCACCGCCUACCUGUGGGUGCGCCAGGCCUGGCUCGACGCCUUCCUCACCUGGGACAAGGACGCCUACGACGGCAUCGACAGCAUCCGCAUCCCCAGCAGCUACGUCUGGCGGCCGGACAUCGUCCUCUACAACAAAGCGGACGACCAGCUCAGCGGCUCCAUGGAGACCAACGUGGUGCUCCGCUCCGACGGGCAGAUCAUGUGGGACUCGCCGGCCAUCACCAAGAGCUCCUGCAAGGUGGACGUCUCCUUCUUCCCCUUCGACGGGCAGCAGUGCCGCCUGACCUUCGGGUCCUGGACCUACAACGGGAACCAGAUCGACCUCCACAACCGGCUGGACACGGGCGACCUGACGGACUUCGUGGAGAACGUGGAGUGGGAGGUGCUGGGCAUGCCGGCCACGAGGAACGUCAUCACCUACGGCUGCUGCUCGGAGCCCUACCCCGACGUCACCUACACGCUGCUCCUCAAGAGACGCGCCUCCUUCUACAUCUUCAACCUGCUCCUGCCCUGCAUCAUGAUCUCCUUCCUCGCCCCGCUCGGCUUCUACCUCCCGGCCGACUCGGGCGAGAAGGUCUCGCUGGGGGUGACGGUGCUGCUGGCCCUCACUGUCUUCCAGCUGCUGGUGGCGGAGAGCAUGCCGCCGUCGGAGAGCGUGCCGCUCAUCGGGAAGUACUACAUCGCCACCAUGACCAUGAUCACGGCCUCCACCGCACUCACCAUCUUCAUCAUGAACAUCCACCACUGCGGCCCGGGGGCCCAGCCCGUGCCCGCCUGGGCCAGGAAGCUCAUCCUGCACCACAUGGCCCGGGUCCUGCUCGUCCGCGAGGUGGGCGAGAGCUGCAGGAGCCCCCGGCCGCGCCGCGCGGCGGGCGGGAGGCCCGGCGAGGAGGAGCGCCGCGGGCCGGCGGCGGGCCGGGCGGCGGGGAGCCCCGGGGCGGGCGGGGGGCUGGCGGGGGGCCGGCGGCCGUGCGGCCUCGGCGGCCUCCUGAGGGACGUCGGCUACAUCGCCGGGUGCUUCCGGGCCCAGCGGGCGGCCCAGCGCCGCGCCGGCGAGUGGAAGAAGGUGGCCAAGGUGAUGGACCGCUGCUUCAUGUGGGUCUUCUUCGCCAUGGUCGUCCUCAUGAGCGCGCUGACCGCGGGCAAAGCCGCCUGA